AUGACACUUGGUGCCCGGGGCCCGCCAAAGGUAUAUUGCAGCGACACAAGCUCCGGCUCAUACAUCCUCGAUGCGGUCCAGCAAUUCUUCCAGCUCGGCGACGAGGUGCGUAAGAGCCAUGCCUCGGAGAUCCAAAGGCCUCAUGGCUUUGGGGUCGAUCACUUCAGUAGUAAGCGCCAGCUAUUCCUGCGAGAAAAGGCGUUGACGGUGCGUGGAUGGCGUCAGAGGGAGCCGGAAGAGUAUGGCUGGGUUCGUCUCAAUCCCGCGCAGAAAGGACGGGAGGAGGAUGCAAGUGCAUGGUGCUUCGUGUCCCAUGAGGGUAGAUGGAAGCGGUUCAGCGAGUAUAAGCAGCACCGGGAGGAAGAGCAACAUUCGAAGCUUUGGUAG